GUGAAGCGAUACAUGUUUGGUUGAGCUUUGAAUGAGGGGCCAUCAUCCCGGCGGCUCGGAGGUGGAAAAUACAGUUUAAAGUCUCUCUGGAUGUGUUUAAAAUGAACAAGCAGGCUUUUCUGACAGGUACCUGAGACACCGUUUGGCGCCCCUUCAUCUCCUCGUGGGGUUUCUUUAGAUGUACUCACCGAACACUUUCCAUGUGAUGUUUCCCAAGACUCCUCAAGACCAAUGCCUUAGUUCUGACUACAAGAAGUACAUAAAUAAAAUAAAUAUCCAGUAGGACACCUACUUCCCCUCUCCCUUUUCUCUUUACGUCAGAUUAAAAGGAGCAUCAAAACACAUUUCAAACACACACACAUAGCCACCAUGUCCUCCAUCCUUCCCUUCACUCCCCCGGUAGUGAAGCGCCUCCUGGGAUGGAAGAAGACUCCUACGGGGAGUGGAGGAGCAGGAGGAGGCAUCGGAGGAGUAGGGGAGCAUAACGGAGGAGGGCAGGAGGAGAAGUGGUGUGAGAAGGCCGUGAAGAGCUUGGUGAAGAAGCUGAAGAAGACUGGGCAGCUGGAUGAGCUGGAGAAAGCCAUCAGCACGCAGAACAGCAACACAAAGUGUGUCACCAUACCCAGUAACUGCUCAGAUCUAUGGGGUCUGGGCUCAGGCCACACGAUAGAGCAGUGGGACUCUUCAGGCAUGUACGGAUACCCUGACCACGGCAGGUCACUGGACGGGCGUCUCCAGGUGUCCCACCGCAAGGGCCUGCCUCACGUCAUCUACUGCCGCCUGUGGAGAUGGCCCGACCUGCACAGCCACCACGAGCUGAGGGCCAUCGACUCCUGCCAGUUCGCCUUCAACCUCAAAAAGGACGAAGUGUGUGUCAACCCCUACCACUACCAGAGAGUGGAGACGCCUGUGCUGCCCCCCGUGUUGGUGCCGCGCCACACGGAGAUCCUGACGGAGCUUCCUCCUCUAGACGACUUCACAAACUCCAUCCCCGAAAACACCAACUUCCCUGCCGGCAUAGACCCUCCUAAUAACUAUAUACCAGAGACUCCUCCACCUGGCUACAUCAGUGAAGAUGGAGAGAACAGCGACCAACUGAUGAAUCAAAGUAUGGAAUCAGGUUCACCAGCAGAAAUGUCACCCGGCGUCCUGUCACCUGUCAGCAAUGCCAUGGACCUUCAGCCGGUUACCUACAGCGAGCCAGCGUUCUGGUGCUCGAUAGCGUACUACGAGCUGAACCAGCGGGUGGGGGAGACGUUCCACGCCUCGCAGCCGUCUCUGACAGUCGACGGCUUCACCGACCCCUCCAACUCUGAACGCUUCUGCCUCGGGCUGCUUAGCAACGUCAACCGGAACGCAACUGUUGAAAUGACAAGAAGACAUAUAGGUCGAGGUGUGAGGUUGUAUUACAUCGGGGGGGAAGUGUUCGCAGAGUGCCUCAGCGACAGCGCCAUCUUCGUCCAAAGUCCAAACUGCAACCAGCGAUACGGCUGGCACCCGGCCACCGUCUGCAAGAUCCCACCAGGCUGUAAUCUGAAGAUCUUUAACAACCAGGAGUUUGCUGCACUGCUGGCUCAGUCGGUCAAUCAGGGCUUCGAGGCGGUCUACCAACUCACCAGGAUGUGCACCAUCAGGAUGAGCUUCGUCAAGGGCUGGGGAGCAGAGUACAGACGCCAGACGGUCACCAGCACUCCCUGUUGGAUCGAGCUGCAUCUCAACGGCCCCCUCCAGUGGUUAGAUAAGGUCCUGACCCAGAUGGGCUCCCCGUCAGUGCGCUGCUCCAGUAUGUCCUAAACGGGGGGCCAAACCCAUCUGACAUUUCACAACAUUUGAACUGACGCACCAACAUUUAGAAAAACAAAAGGAUUACACAACGGACCUGGAUGUUGGGAUGAUGACAUCGCCAAUAGUGGAACAAUGAUGUCACAAUGGGCCCGGUCACCUUUGGCUCUGAUGGAUUCAUGUAAGGAUUACAUUCCAGUAAUUAUGGACCUAAUAAUUGAAGUCUCCCUGCAAUAUCAAAUAGACAAGAGUGAUGUCAUAUUGGACCGUUCAUAUUUUUGGGAUUUGACUGAGGCUCUGAUCCAGAAAGAGCUUUACUGUCCCGCAGCAGCUGUUUUGGAUUUUCAACAUGUGAUCUUCUAGCUUCAGGGGCAGUCUGUACCACCACUAGACCACCUUACAGCUUCACUACCUAGCGACGACAGCACAACUUGGAUUCAGCAUUAAGACCUCUGUUUACACAACAGUAGUACUGCCACUCAAAGCUCACAUUCAACCAAAGUCCGCUCCAACACCUUACGUUUUAUUCUCGGCGAUCAAGCGCUUAUUCCAGGGUUUAAUUCUCGGUGACCAAACUUCUAUUCCAGUUUGUACUCUAGAACUUCCUGCUUUUCUCCUUAUCAAUCCCAUGUUGUCGUGAUCACAGACCUUCAGCUCUGAAAGUGGUGAGGGAGCACGAUGAAGUCUUUAUUAGUACGACAUACUCUCUUCACAUGUUCAAUGCACACACAUUAUGCACUGCAACACAUACGGACACCACUUUUAUUUGCUCUCUUUUGACACAACGACAGAUCGUUUGCUUACGUCUGUGUGUGAAUGGUCCUAUUAAAGUGUGCCGUGGAGGAGAUGUUUGGAUCAGAGUUGAAACGGUUGCGAGUCGGCAUUGAUGACAGGAAUGUGUAAAAUAAUAGGUUCUUAGGGCGUGUCCCUUCUCUUGAACUUCAUACAAUCUUUGAACUUAAUUUCAGCCGGUAAUAUCUACGGAGUUUGCCCCCUUCUGGUAGUUGAGGCCCAAAAUGUUCUUUGUUUCCACCAUUACAAUGAUUUCAUCUUGUUUAUGAGAGAGAUGUAUGUUGGAUUUGGAAACUAGGACAAUGUCGCCCCCUGCUGUCUAAAAAUGAAAAUAAAUCCCUUCACUUAGGUUUCACUGAUGUAGACAUCGCCCGAGUCUUCCUUGGAUUGAUUCCAUUAUUUUAGACGAUACGAAUAUAAGCCCUGCAGUGUGGGAUUUAAAAAAUGGACGCCCCUUUACUGUACUUGCACUGCCCCAAAUUAUGCACAUUUGAAAGUUGCCUUUUGCUGUCAAAUACAGCAAGAUAUGCUUUGCACAGAUGGGAAUGUGUAAAAAAAGCCCAAUUGACAAUUACUAAAGAUAUCUACCAUAUUUUAAGAAUGUUCCCUUUUAAGAGUUUCUCCCCGUAUAUUGUUAUUUGAUUAUUAAAGAGAAUUAAUUUGAUUCUAUUAAAAUGUCUCGCCCCGAUUUUAAAAAGCCAGCUCCAUGGGUAUUUUAGAGUCCAAAUCGUAUAAGCUUUAAGUAUUUGACAAGUUAGUUGUACUGCACAGCUAUUAUUUUCUUGACACAUUCUUUAACUACUUUUUUGUAUUUCAUGUAUUUUUUAUAUAUGAAUAUAUUUAAAAUCUUCAAAGCUUUCUUCCCUUUUAUUAGAAUUCAAUAUUUUUUUAGAAUAUGCCCUCAGUUUGAAAUGAUCACAGCUUGCUGACGAAGUAUGUAGCAUAGGAUGUAACACGUUCACUGUAUUUACCACAAUGUUGUGACUGAGAGGCCCAGUCAUCAUCAGUACAAUCAAUUUUUUUCCCUCAAAACCAUUCGGCUGCUAAAAUGGCGAAAGUAAUUGGUCGAUUUUGUAGUAAUCGCCUGUUAGAACUGGUUAAAAAAGGUUGAUUUCUUGCCUUUACUUUAUGUCUUUCCCAAAUUACGACAGUGCUGUCCCAAAGACUAAAUUUAUGUAUUUACAAUUUUUCCAUUACACUGCUUAUCCACUAAACCUCAUCGGUAAUGAAAAACACAUAGCUCCAAUUUUGAACUUUACCAGCUUGAUCUUAAUAUUUAAACUGGCCAAUUCCCUUUUGGGGUUGGUCAAAAUGGUGAGUUACAAGUCGAUACCUUUGUUCAAAGCCAUACAAACAAAAAUUCAGCCUUUUUUUUUUGUAUGGUUUUAAUUAGGAUUUAUUCCAGCAGCUACUAUGCAGUAUUAUUUCCCAGUAUAAAAGCUCUGACUUUGGAAGGUAAAUGUGUUGAAUUGAUCUACUUUAGCAACACAGGACAUUUCAGUACACAGUGUGAAAGCUGCUGCCAAUUUCCACAUGUUCAUUCUCAUGUUCAAAAUCCCAUUUACGGCUGAUUUUGCGCAAAGUUAAUUUUUCAACUGUAUCCGGAUACAUUAGCAGAUAUUUAGCAUGAAAAAAGGGAUUGUGAGUGUGCUUUGCCCCCAAAAUCUUGGUGCAUACUGUCACAGUCCAGAUUACACAACAACAGUGGUCUAAGUUCACUGCAAAGUAUUGCCAAUGUGCACAGAUUCCCAUUUUUUUUUAAAUUUCAUUUCUCACUACUGCAACAUGUGGGAGAAAUGUAGAUUAUAAAAAAAUGCUGUAGUGUAUUUGAUCAUUCAAUGACUGGAAUAAGAAUCCUGGUGUUUAAUCGUUCCAUUUGUCAGCAUCCUGCAGAAACUUUAUGAUGCUAGAUAUGGAUUUGAGAUGACAUCCACUCCUACAGAACAUAAGCACUUGGACCAAACGGAUAGAUUGAACACCUUUCUGCAAAUGCUUCUUUAGGAAAACCGUUUUCUUCAUUCAUCAAGCUUAUUUGUUAUAGUCACUUGUAGCCAGAAUGAGAGCAGCCAAAUUAAAUGAUGUAAUGUUCUGUCUGUCCUUUCCUGUCUUUUGCUGGUCUGUUUUUCAUUUUUUUCACUUAUUCGAGAUAACUGGAAUUAGCAGAGGUCUGUACACAUACAAAGACAAAACAGUGUUAUCUUUAAGGUUGUCUUAUCAUUGCUAACCCACAUGUUUGUUCUAUGCAGUGACCUUAAUGUUCGGAGUGUGUAUUCAAACACAUUCCUCUGUAAUUUGUAUUUUCUGAUGGCUAGACACGCCGUUUUAUGCAUAUUGCCAGGGUCCAGUAAAAGCCUUUGUAUCAACUUUUUUUUGUUUUCUUCAAAUGAGUGCCACCCAACAUUUCACCCUAAAACAAACAAGAUUUUCUCUCUUUCUGAGAGUUCUGUUUUGGAGAUAAGGUUUCAUUUAGACUACAUCAAAGGUUCACAUUCCUAUUUACAGGUAACAUAUUGUAUUUUUCUUUUCUUAUUGUGAUGACAAUUGUGUAUCCCCAAACAAGCCUCUUUCUUAUGAAUUUCAUAAUGACAAUGUGGCUUUUUGGAGAAAGUGAAGUUUCUACAUGUCACUGGUGAUGUUAUUGUAAAGUUGUACUUUUAUUUGACCAUACAUGCUUUUUCUUUUUCUUGCUAUCAACGGAGCAUUUUUCCAUUAGAACACAAGCCCUUAGGAUUUCUGUCUUCUUCAAACACUGAUGACUAUCUUCAUAGCUUUCCAACUAUUCUACAUAUACAGACAACUUCUUACAGUGUACACUAAUAAAGCUGUUUUAAUUCAACUGAAAA